AAACUCUCUCUGUGUCAGUGCACCAUGGAGAGAUCCGCUGUGGUGUCGGGCCGCAGGAGUCCCCCAGUACCAGAUUACAACACCUCGACCUCCACCUUGGCCUUCGACCAGCAUUUCACCACCACCGCUGAGGGAGUUCUCCUCCAGGCUGAAAUAGUGUUUGGUAUGUUAGUGUGGAUUCUCAUUGGAGGUACAGAGUAUUUUCAUCUCUCUGCUCUUUGCUGGGUGAUGUUUGUCGCCCUCUCGUGCUGGGCUCUGACAGUUUGCCUGUUUUUAAUUUACCUCACUGGAGCUCACAGGAGAAUACCACGGGUCCCCUGGACGACACUGUCCCUGUUUUUCAACUCCAGCGCAGCAGCUCUCUAUCUCGCGACAGCAGUGGCAGAUGCGCUGACUGUCAACCAGGCCACUAGGGGGCGGCACAACUACAACUGCUGGGUCGCAUCUACAUUCUUUGCCACUCUGACCACACUGUGCUAUGCAGGAAGCAGCUACCUGAGUUUCCAUGCCUGGAAAACCACAGAGGAGGAGCACUAGUGUAAUUAAGUUCCCAUCAACCAAGGAGGUGCAUUACCGAGGAAUGGACAUGAAGGGAAUAUCAGAUGACAGGAGAUCAAGCUUCGAACAAGAUGCUUCAGUUCAAUCUAAACUUGAGAGAAGACUGUAAAUGAUCUUGAUGGAAUGUAGAGUAUUUGACAGGUAACAAAAAGUUGCUUUCAAAAUGUUUGUGCUUGGUUAUGUCACACUGAAGUCAUUUACAAUCAUCAGUGCUCUUGUGUCGAAACAAAAGAAUAAGAAAUUAAUAUUGUGUAUGUGUGGUGGACAAACAGAGUCAGUUUUUCUUUUGAUUAUUUGUCAUGUAAACUAGUUUACAGACACAGUUAAUCAGUGGUUCUUCUCAAGGUUAAGAUUCUAUAGCUCAUAUCUCUCCAAUAAUCUCCUUAAAUUAAAUCAAAGUGCAGCAAAUUUCACACACUUAUGGAUAACAGUUCCCUAAAUAUGCCUUUUUUCAUCAACAGCCAUGAAUUGCUUCUGGGAAAAUGGAAAAUAUGUCAAAAAGUGCUAGAUCUGGCAAAGUUCAAAUGUGUUGUGGGAUUUCCGUUCAGUAUUUUUUUUUGUACCAUCCUGCCAACAAACAAACAAAAACUUCCUUGGCAGAGAUAACCACAACUCAUGACCAGAUUCAACACAUUCAUAGUCAGUCACACAAAUGGUUAAGUAGCAGAUAUAACGUUUUGUAUCGAGUAGUUUUACAUCAUUUAAUCUUCCCUCUAGUGAACAAAUAAAGAGCGUUGAAAAUAUUCUGAAGAAAAGCCGCAAUGCAGACAGAGGUCAGGCCGUGAAUAUGUAGCUUCAAACUGACCACGUUUAAUUGGCUGGUUUAAAAAAAAAAAAAAAAAAGAAAUCUU